CUAUUUCGCACUACUCACGCCGGACUCUCGUUGCGCCUCAAUCAACCUUUCUCCACACUCGCUCAUCGUUAUCUCAUAGCUGUCUGUCGACCCGCAAUCGCUAUUUUGUUCCGUCGCUGCCAACCAUGCUGUUCAAAGCGCUCGUCUCUCUGACCGCCUUGGCCGCAGGCGCAUCCGCCCAGCUCGACUCCUCCGUCCAAGCCUCCGUCGCCAGCGUCCUCCUCACCGCCAUCCCGCCGGAGAGCCUGCAGCUCGCGCUCACAAACAGCGCCUCCUUCUCCGCCGAGCUCGCGUCCUCGCUCAGCGCCGGCAACACGCCCGAAUGGUACCAGGCGCUUCCGUCCGAUGUCAAGACACUGCUGCCACAGCUGUACCCCGCCAGCACGCCCGCCCUGACCACCGCGCUCGAGACCACGACGCCCGCCGCCACGCCCAGCCCCACCGGCGCCGUCAGCGGCAGCUCCUCCGCGCCCCUCAACUCGACCGUCAUCAGCACCGUCGUCUCGCCCACCCUCGGCACCACCGGCGGCGCGAACUCUGAGUCCACGACCGGUUCGACUGGCGGCGCGCCGGCGUAUCCGACCGCCGUCGUGGGCGCGGGUCUUGCGGGCGCGCUGGGCUUCUUGGGUAUGCUUGCGCUUUAGGCAGAGCAGCGAAGCAAGCAGCAAGCUAGACUUGUCUACAUUGUUCGAGCGGCACCAAUAAGGAAAAGGUGGUUUUUAGUUAGCGGGCGGCGCAUUUCGGCUUCGACGAGACGUUCCCUUUUACGACGCGACGUUGUCAUUCAUUCAUUAGGGGGUUAGGUUUGGUUUGAUGCAAGUUUAUGGUUUAUGGUUUAGUUUAUGGUUUGCGGGAGAUACCUUUGUUGUUAGUUAGCUUAGUAUGUUGAUACUGACUGCAGUAAUGUCUGUUGAAAUGUGGUAUGGUAUGGCUUGGACAGUUUGAGAGUUUGGUGGAUGAUUCGAAAAAGCAGUGGAUAUGGCUUU